UUAUAGUGUACGGAAGCAGCAGGAAUCUUUUGAACAGGUGACUCGGUCUGUCACAUUGACAUCGGUAUACUUUUUAUGAACAACAGCAACAAAGAAAAAAAAUUCUCCUCCCUUUUUGCUGCCUUUAACCGACGAGUCUUUUUAUUCAUUCGGCCACGCUCCAGUGACGUUUUUAGAGGAGAAAAUGAACGAGGACGCAUCUUGUGCUUCGAAUACCCCAACAUCUCACGAUGGGGUCACUACAGACGUAGCCCGAGCCAGGUGGACCCUCCUCAGACAAGUUUUGCGUAAGAAGCAGUUGGACAACGCAGAGGUCAAACAGGCAUCUGUCCGUAGGUUUGCCACCUUCGACCUCUUCGUUAGGACGAGGCCCGCGUCCCACGACACUUCGGAGGAGCAGUGGGUUGAGUACAGAAGUGCCUUCUUUCCUGAGCACAGUGCCUUCCUCAGGGACAACCUGGGUCCUCUCCGAGUUAAUGAAGUGCUCAACAGCUUUGACAACACGGGCAAUGUCUGUGUGUGGCCGUCAGAGGAGACCAUGGCUCAUUACUGCCUGCAAAACAGUCACAUGUUCACGGGCGCCGUUUGUGAGUUGGGAGGAGGCAUGACUUGUCUGGCUGGACUCAUGGUUGCUGUUUGUGCUGACGUGAAGGAAGUGGUGCUGUCAGACGGCAAUGAGAAGUGCAUUCAGAAUGUACGAGGGAUUGUCGAGAGAAACAAGCGAGCGGGGAAGUUUGGAUCAACGCAUGUUUCUACCAGGGUGCUGAGGUGGGACAGCGAUCUGGACAUUUCAGCAUUAGAAGCCCAUUUUGAUGUUGUCAUGUGUGCAGACUGUUUGUUCCUCGACCAGUACAGAAGCAGCCUAGCCGAUGCUAUAAGGAGAUUACUGCACCCUAAUGGCGUGGCCUUUGUGUUUGCUCCACUUCGAGGUGACACCCUGCAGAUGUUCUGUCAGCUGGCCCAGCAGGCCGGACUCCUGGUGGCUCGGCACCAGCAGUACGAUGCCCAGGUGUGGGAUGUGCAUCUAAAGAUGCUGCAAGAAGGCAAAGAAGCGUACGACGAGAACAUCCACUACCCGCUGCUCCUCACGUUGACCAAAGGAUCUCAAGCGCAAUAAAGCAACCAAGUAUGGAAUGGCCUUUCCACGGUGGUGGUGAUGGUGAUAGUGAUGGUGCGAGCAUUAGCAUAUUAUCAACACUGUGAUCCACUCGUGAUUCAAUUGAGGAUCGGUAUCAGCACAAGUCCUUCCUUUGGACUGAACAUGAAAGAUGCUAUGUGAUUUAUUACUAGCAUCUAUAGCCCUGAAUAAAUGCAUUAGGCCAUCUGUCAUAUAGCAACAUCAGCUGCUUUAAUGUGAACUUGUUCUACUUCAAUAAGCUCUCAACCUUCGUGGCCCUUUAAACUUUCUGGUCAUCCUCACCUUCCAAUGCAUCAUAAGCAACUUCAUGGAUAACUCACAUUACUAAGGGGCUACUUAUAAGAUUAGGUUCUAGGUUCUGCUGCAACAACAUGACCACAGUUGCUUUAGUUUGCUGUGUGUGCCUUAUGUCAUCUUUUUAUCCUGAACCUAAGAAAUGAAAGUUUAUGUCCUCAUGUGCUGAAACUAGGGAUGUCCCGAUCCAGGUUUUUGCACUUCCGAUCCGAUACCGAUAUUGUUUUGCACUUCCGAUCCGAUACCGAUGCUGGCCGAUACCGAUACCGACCUAUCUGAGCAUGUGUUAAAGUUUAGUUAUUUAGCCUCCUUACUUAGUUGUCAGACUCAUGUUAAAAAAGGUUUUAGCACUCUUGAUAACAACUAGCCAGCUGAAUUAGGUGAGUUUGAAUAACAUCCAGCGGCAUGAGUUGAGCUAAAGCCGUGAGUUGAGCAUUGGCAUUACCCGGGUCUUAGACAAGUUAUGUUUACUUUCGGGACGCAAUGCGGUCCGUUUCUCAUUGCGUCCCGAAGACCGCGCUAUGUAUUAGUUAGUAAUAACAAUAAUCGGAAAAUUAUGAUGUUUGUGAAUCGUUCUCGAAUCUUCCACGGCUGAAUCGCGUGUUGGAUGGUACGUCUUUACUCACGUGAGAUAAUGGCUCGUCAUCCAGAAUGAAUUCUUCGGCAAUGACUCCUGUUAUUCCCUGGGCUUUGGGACUGUCGAGUGCCAGUUUGUCACGCAUAGCAAAAGUUUCUGCCAGUGUUAAUUGCGUAGGACCUUUCUUUUUGUCUUCGGUUUUCUUAACAUACUCCUCAUAUUGUUUGUGGUGGUAUUUCGCUAAAUGCUUGAUUAGGUUGGUUGUAUUAAAACUUCUUACAGCUUUACCACUACGCUUGACUUUAUUGUGUCAUAUAUUUCUCCCUGCCUCUUCGUCUUUGUCGUCCUUUAAGGUGAAAUGAUCCCACACAGCUGACAUUUUUACCGAUAAAGUCUCUCGGUAAAUUGGGAGACGGUAAUGUAAAUGUAGUGUGUUGAAGGUGUGCCGUAAAAUGCGGACCGGAUUUUAGGGAAACCGAAGCAAAAACUGGAAUCGAUUAUGUAAACCGGACCGGACUUUAAAAAAACUGGAUCGGAAGUCUGGAUCGGAAAUUUUCCCGUGUUCCGAUCCGGUACCGAUGCGCAUUUUAUGCCCAUAUCGGCGUCCGAUCCGAUCCAAAUAUCGGAUCGGGACAUCUCUAGCUGAUUGAUUGAAUAUUUUGUUUUUCCACAAACGUAUACAAAAAAACAAAGGCAGAUGGUAAAACUGCAAAGGCCUUUUCACACUGGCGGCAUCCCACUGUGAAAGUGUCCGGCGGCGACACGCAAGGCUGUCAGGGUUCAAGGCGAGCAGGCAGGCGAGGAACAAAGGAGUGAACCCAAAUGCAGCAAAACGAAGGCGAGGCAGGGUGGUAGUAACUCAAAAAUGUUUUAAUUGAAGUAACCAAAAACAAAACUACAAACAAAAGUCCAGAAAGCAAAAUACAAAUCAAACUCAAGAGGUGAACAAAUGACUGGGUCGCAAAACUAUUUACGGGGAUACAGGAAAAACCAGGGCAUGGACACAGAAUGAGAAUGACUCAACACAGAAAGACAGCACAUGGGGAGCUCCAAGGGCAUAUGAAAAGUUCAAUUCUUGAGCGUUUUAGUCUGUUAAAUUGUAAUUAAUGCAUUAUUCGCUGUAUCAAAACUCAUAUUACAAUAAAUAAAUAAAUAAAUAAAUAAAGAUUUGAAUUGACUACUUAGUUAUUGAGUUACUGCUAUUGCAGCAACCUAGCAACGAGGUACAUGCCUCGCUGCCGGCCGCUAUGAUGAUGUAAUUCACAGAAGACCUCACCAGCACUCCAAUAUGGAACUAUGGCACCACGCUAUCCUCGCCCUAUACAGUCCCUGAAAAAAGUCUUUUCGCAUAUCCAUUUUGUAGAAACAAUUGCUAAUAACCUGACUUUUAAUUAUUCAAUUUGUUUCAGAAAUGGCUCAUAUGAAAGCUAAGACCCUCCCAAAUGAUGUACGAAAAUUAGGGCUGUCAAACGAUUACAAUUUUUAAUCGAGUUAAUUACAGCUUAAAUAUUAAUUAAUCAUAAUUAAUCGCAGUUCAAACCAUCUAUAAAAUAUGCCAUAUUUUUCUGUAAAUUAUAUAUAUAUUCUGUAAAAUAAAUUGUUGGAAUGGAAAGAUAAGACACAAGAUGGAUACAUACAUUCAACAUACGGUACAUAAGGACUGUAUUUGUUUAUUAUAACAAUAAAUCAACAAGAUGGCAUUAACAUUAUUAACAUUCUGUUAAAGCGAUCCAUGGAUAGAGAGACUUGUAGUUCUUAAAAGAUAAAUGUUAGUACAAGUUAUAGAAAUUUUAUAUUAAAACCCCUCUUAAUGUUUUCGUUUUAAUAAAAUUUGUAAAAUUUUCAAUCAAAAAAUAUACUAGUAGCCCGCCAUUGUUGAUGUUAAUAAUUACACAAUGCUCAUGGGUGCUGAAGCCUAUAAAAUCAGUCGCCUCCAAGCGCCAGCAGAGGGCGGCAAAACUCCAUAAAACACAAUUAACAAGUGGGCAUUUCACUCUACUGACAUUUAAAUCUGUCUGAGCGGGACAUGUGUGUUAAUUGCGUCAAAUAUUUUAACGUGAUUAAUUUAAAAAAUUAAUUACCGCCCGUUAACGCGAUAAUUUUGACAGCCCUAACGAAAAUAUAUUUGUUUCACUGAAAAAAAGAUUUAUCUUCACGGUUUUCUGAGUGAAUCUCGGAGCCAUGCGGGCUCCAGUAGGUCUCCUGCAAUAUUUGUGACGACUGUGGUGUAAUUCAAUGGAAGAUUCAUCUGAAAAAUCCACCUUUUGCCACAAAACAGUGAAGUUUCGUGGUGGCAAAAUCAUGGUCUGGAGUUACAUCCAGUAUACAAAUUCUGCAGCAGGAUGGUGCUCCAUCACAUACUUCAAUCUCUACCUCAAAGGUCCUCAAGGCAAAGAAGAUCAAGAUCCUUCAGGACUGGCCAGCCCAGUCAGCAGACAUGAACAGGAUAAAAGAAGAAGUAUGGAAGACGAAACCCAAGAAUGUUGAUGAACUCUGGGAGGCAUGCAAGACUGCUUUCUUUGAUGUUCCUAAUGAAUACAUCAAUAAAUUGUACCGAACCGCAUGGAUGCAGUCCUUCAAGCCCAUGGAAGUCAUGCCAAAUAUUAAACAUUUGGAUCUCACAGCACCACUAUUUAAUUCGCUUAUGUUAUGUAAAAUAUUUUUGUAUUUGAAGAGCAUUUUUUGUUCAAUUUUCACACUACAUUCUGUAGGCGACAAAACUUUUGUCUUGCCAAAAUUUGACCUUUAUGUCUUCAUUAAAUGAUAAAUCUUUUUUCAGUGAAACAGAUAUUUUUGUACAUUCAACAUCAUUUGGGAGGGUCUUAGCUUUCAUAUGAGCAAUUUCUGAAACCAAUUGAAUAAUUAAAAGUCAGCUUAUAGUCCGGUGCGGCUUAUCUGUGAAAAAAUGUCAUUUUCGUGUCAAAUUUGGUGGGUAGCGGCUUAUAGUCAGGUGUGCCUUAUAGUCUGAAAAUUAUGGUAAACGUGUUCAUUUUUAAUUCCCUAAAAUGCAGUUAAUAUGAGGAUACAUAAAAAUAAUAAUAAAUCUUGUGGACUCGACACCUAUUUCCAGUCAUACUGUAAAAUGCAUUAUUAAUAUGUCUAUGCACAUACAGAGAAUUAGAGUCAGUAGGGAGUGGCUGGCGCAACAGUCCGGUUCUGAGAGGUGCAGUUACUUUUUCUAAUAACACCCGUCAAUGAAAACACUCAUUUGCCCAAAUUUCUGAAAUAUCACUUUUAUUUUGCAAAUAACUAAUGGAAAUUCACCUACUUACUGAGAAAAUCUUGCUGUAAGAAGACCUUUUGGAAAGUAUCUCCAUCUGCAUCAAAAAAAGCAUGCUCACCCCAAUGGCAAUGUUAAUCAAACGUGAAUGCUACUAUCCAGUGUAGGUGAACUUAACAUGUUAUUCAAAUCAAAAGUAUCUGUUAGAUACUGCUAUUCUGUUACAGUGAUGAUGUGACUGUCGACCAGUGCUUGCUGUGAACUCUUUUUCAUUGCUGCUCUGUGUACAUCACGGCCUCAAAUCUCCUCACAUCUACAGCGUUGCUUUGAUGAUUUCCACUGUGAUAACCAUUUUUUUUUUUUUUUUCAUUUAACAUCAUUUGUGGCACAUGUGAGGUAAAAUCUGUACAUUAUUGUCAUGCAAGUCAAAGGCCACCAUUUUGAUUGAGCUAAAGAAUAAAUAAUAGAACUCAUACAGUGUGAUUACGUAAAAAAAUGUAAAAUACAAAUAAAAAAUACAAAAAAAUAAAUAAAAUACAAUAAUUCACUUUGAAUUCAGUGUGCCUGUACUGUUAAAGCAAAACGAAAAAAAAAAAAAGGAUUGUGUUGAAAUUGGCGAUUUGGUGGAAAGAUUACGGUUUUCUUUACUUAUUUUUUCUUUUAAACUACUGUUUAUCUUACAUUGAGAUGUAAUCACAUGUCAACAUUUCAUGUUUGCCUUUCAAACUGAUCAACAGAGUGUAUGUUAUGAAGGAUCGUAAAAUGAAUUAAAGUGGGCUCAGGAAAAAUAAUACAAUAAUUAAACAAUGUUUCAAUUAUAGUGCUCUUCUCUCUGAAAACGUGGACUGAGGAAAAAACGAAAGCCUAUCAACCUCCAAAUAAAGCCUUGAAUUUGAAAGAAUAUUAAAAUCUAUUUUAUUGUUGUUACUUUAUUUCCAGUUGAUCUUUUGCAAAGGUCUUACCACAUCACAUUGUGGCUAUCAGUGGUAAUGAUAUAAUUGCUAAAACUACCUAUGUAGUGUUGACACAAAUUUCUCACAAGAUUGAGGAAACAUCAGUCACCACUUUUUUAGUCAAUCAUAUCCAUAGUCAAUCUUUCUUUUUCUAUUUGUCCUAAACGCUCAGUAAGGGCAGUUUCACAUAAGACCAAGAGGAGACCUACCUCGCAACAAGACUUGAAAAUUACUUGUUGAAAAGGUUCAUUAUUCUUUUUGAUUCUGUCACGGUUUAGAGGAACGAGACCAA